AUGUAUGGUAUGGUAUGGUAUGGUUUGACAUCAGAGAAACGCCUCCGGGACGCACACGCGCGGCUCAAGAAGAGGGGCGUCCCGCUGGCCGUCAACCAGGUGAACUACAGCCUCAUCUACAGGACGCCCGAGGAGAACGGCGUCAAGGCCGCCUGCGACGAGCUCGGCGUCACGCUCAUCGCCUAUUCCCCCAUCGCCCAAGGUGUUCUGUCAGGGAAAUACACUCCGGAGAAUCCACCCACGGGUCCUCGGGGGAAUACCUACACUCCAGAGUUCCUCACCAAGCUCCAACCGCUGAUGAACAGGAUCAAAGAGAUUGGAGUAAGCUAUGGCAAGAACCCAACUCAGGUGUCUCUGAACUGGCUGACCUGCCAGGGCAACGUGGUACCCAUCCCGGGGGCCAAGAACGCCGGGCAGGCAAUGGAGUUCGCCGGUGCACUCGGGUGGAGCCUCGCCGCCGACGAGGUCGAGGAGCUGCGGACCCUCGCGCGGGAGAUCAAGGGAAUCAAGAUGCCCAUCGAGGAGUCAUGA